GGCUUCGUGGACGUGUGCGGCAGCGGGCUGCUGAUCUACGGGGAGAUGCACGAGAAGCUCUUCCAGCACCAGCGGGAGGGAGUCGCCUUCCUGUACCGCCUGCACCGGGACGGCCGGCCCGGCGGCAUCCUGGCCGAUGACAUGGGCCUGGGCAAGACCGUCCAGGUGAUCGCCUUCCUCUCGGGCAUGUUCGACGCCGAGCUCGUCCGGCACGUCCUGCUCAUCAUGCCCACCACCCUGGGCUGGACCCCCGGCCUGCGAGUCAAGGAGUUCCACGGCAGCAGCAAGACAGAGCGCACCAGGAACCUGGAGAGGGUCCAGCGGAGGAACGGCAUCGUCGUCACGAGCUACCAGAUGCUCAUUAACAACUGGAAGCAGCUCGCCAGCAGAGACGAGCGGGCGUUCGUCUGGGACUACGUCAUCCUCGACGAGGCGCACAAGAUCAAGUGCCCGUCCAACAAGACGACCAAGUGCGUGUACGCCAUCCCCGCGAGGCACCGGCUGCUCCUCACGGGCACCCCCGUGCAGAACAACCUGCGGGAGAUGUGGUCCCUCUUCGACUUCGCCUGCCAGGGCGCGCUGCUGGGGACUGCCAAAACGUUCAAAAUCGAAUACGAGAACCCUAUUACCAGGGCAAGGGAGAAGGACGCCACUCUAGGGGAGAAAGCACUGGGGCUAAAGAUGUCAGAGAACCUAAUGACAAUCAUAAAGCCCUAUUUCCUCAGGAGAACCAAAGAAGAUAUCAAAACCAAGUACGCUGACAAAGCGGACGCUCCUCCUCCCGAGGACCCCCGUGAGAACAGGGCUCCUGUCAUGCCCUCCCUCACGAGGAAAAAUGACUUUGUUGUGUGGGUGUACUUGGCACCAGUGCAAGAAGAAAUUUACAGGAACUUUCUCUCUCUGGACCACGUGAAAGAAGUGCUGAUGACAACGCGAUCCCCUCUGGCUGAGCUGACUGUCCUGAAGAAGCUGUGCGAUCACCCCAGGCUCCUGUCCGCGAGAGCCUGCGUGCAGCUGGGCUUGGAAGAGCACUCAGAGCGGGACCCUGGGAGUGAACCAGGGACCCUCGCGGGUGACACCAAAAUAGAUCAUCUCUCAGAUGAGACCCUGAUUCGGGAGUCGGGGAAAAUGCUGUUCCUCGUAGGGCUUCUCGAGAGGCUGCGAGAGGAGGGCCACAGGACGCUGGUGUUCUCGCAGUCAAGGAAGAUGCUGGACAUCAUGGAGCACGUCCUGUCCCGCAGGGGGUUCCGCAUCGUGCGGGUCGACGGGACGGUGACGCACCUGACGGAGCGGGAGCAGCGCAUCAGCGCCUUCCAGAGCUACAGGGGCCACUCCGUCUUCCUGCUCACCACCCAGGUCGGCGGCGUGGGCAUCACCCUGACGGCGGCCAGCCGAGUGGUGAUCUUUGAUCCCAGCUGGAAUCCGGCUACGGACGCCCAGGCUGUGGACAGAGCCUACAGGAUCGGGCAGAAAGAGAACGUGGUGAUUUACAGACUGAUCACCUGCGGCACCGUGGAGGAGAAGAUAUACAGGAGACAAGUCUUUAAGGAUUCCUUGAUCCGACAGACGACCGGUGACAAGAAGAACCCGUUCAGGUACUUCUCCAAGCAGGAUCUGAGGGAGCUCUUCACACUGGAAGACACUCGGACGUCAGCCACUCAGAUCCAGCUGCAGUCUCUGCACGCCACCCAGAGGAAGAGUGACCCGCAGCUGGACGAGCACAUCGCUUACCUGCACUCCCUGGAGAUGUUCGGCAUCUCCGACCACGACCUGAUACACACGAGGGACACGGCUCACGAGGAGCAGGCUGAGAGUGAAGCAGCCCAUCAGUACAUUCAGCAGCGGGUGCAGAAAGCCCACGAGCUGGUUCAGCUGGAGUCUCAGCUUAGAGACCAGAGGAUGGAGGAGAUCAGAAACGCUUGUGAAGACAUGUGGCAGAGACCACCAGAACUGGUGUCCGAGCCAAAGAAGCGGUCCCCAGGGGUGAGCAACAUAAACCGCCUGGCUUCACCUCCAGUAGCUGCUGAACGUGAAGGUGACAGAGUUAUUGACCUUACAGAGGAGGCUGAGGUUGCCCAGGUUCUCCACGUCACCUCCAGAAUGACAACUCUAACUAUUGAUGACUCGAAUAAAGAGAAACUGGCACAAGAUGUAUCCAGUAUGGACACAGAGCUGCUUAACACCACCAAGACAGUGAAACAAUCCAGUAUGCAAGAAUCUGUGCAAAGUCUUGACUCCAGCAUUAUACCAUCAUCACCUGGACUUGACAAGGAGAGUCAGAGUCUGGAACAGAAGCAGUGUUCCCACGUGAGCUCAGACAGGCUGGCAGAAGCAGGGGGCAGCCUGCCUGGGCAUCAGCAUUCCUCUAACGAGUCUGGUAUGGCUGACAGUCCCCAGAGAGAUGCAGAAAUGCCAGAUCAGGUACCUGACCCAGAUGCUGCCUUGGGGACAGAGGAGAAUGAUGUUCCUGAGCUGGCAGCUGCAGCACCACAUUUGCCAAACAUUACACCAGAAAAUGAUGCUGGACUCCAGAAGUCUGGUAUGUUGGAAGCCAGCUUGGAGGAUAUGUCUACAGCUUCUCUCCAGUAUCACGCUGACUUCAAUCUGGUCUUGGAAGAGUCUGAAGAUGGACAGCAAGAUGCCUCAAACAGGGAAGAAUCACUACAGCACCCAGAAAAGGAGGGCUCCCAAGUAAAAGGAGAAAGUUUCUCUAUAUCUCCAACAAAAAAAUCCCCAACACAGACCUGGCCAGGUGAGUCUGGUGGCUGUGGAGACAGCUCCCAGAGAGCUGCUGAAGAGCCACAUGACUCCCUGCAGGGCAGCGAGGCGUCGGAGGAAAGCAGCAUUGCCCUGGCCUUUGGGAGAAAGAAACACGUGAAGAGGAUCGUUUCAGAUGGUGAGGAUGAAGGCAGUUCCAUCAUGGCCCUGGAGGAACAGCAGCCUGAGAAGAGGCCCUCUCCCUGGAGCAGCCCUCCGCAACCCUUCCAGCAGGGACUGAGCGCCUCCACCCCGAAACGUGAGGGCAGCACACCAGGAGCCAUCUUUUCUCCACAGCUGAUCAGCAGUGCAAGCAGGUCCAGUGCUUCCAGGAGAUCUCUGAUCAACAGGGUGGUAGAUGAGGUUGAGGAUAUUGGAGAUAUGAUGGGAACCACUGAUGAAGAAGAUGAUGAUGAUGACAGUGAUGAGGAGCAAGAUGACCUUGUGGAAGAGGAAGCUGAAGAGUGCAGUGGGGAAUCUGCUGAGUCUGAAGAAGAACCUGCUGGAGAAACGCUGGAUACAGCUAGUGAGUCCCUCCAGCUGGAUGUGUCCUCUGAGCAGUCGGGAGCAGACGAGACGGAGUCAUCUCAGGAGGAGUCCACUGGGGAUGUGGAGCUCCAGUCAGGUGAGCAGGUAGACUGCUUCACCCAGGAGAGUGUCCCUGGGAGAGAGGCAGGCCAGCACUGCCCCCCUGCUGCAGGUGACUACCAUACCCUGGUGGACAGUGGGAAGAAGCUUCAGGACGAUGGAAAACUUCAGGAGGCACUGAACUGUUUCCUGCAAGCUCUUGACAUAAAAAGUGGAGAUCCUGAAGUUAUGCUCAUGACCUUAAACUUGUACAGGCAGCUAGCACAGAAAUGA